GCAGGCGAAGGGCGACGCCUCCAGGUAGAACUGAGGAAGUGCAGGAGGCGGUCUCUGCGCAGGGCCUUUGGUGCCUGAGCCGUCACAGCUCUUGGCCACCGGGGGCGGGUGCGAUGGCGGAGGAACAGAAGUGCGAGAGCUUGGGGUCCGAGCCUGGCUCUGAGGCAGCGGCAACGGCGGAACCUAAGGUGUCUUCAUCCAAGACCGCCGACGUUGUCAGAAGAUCGCCGAAGCCGGAGGACUACAGUAGCAAGUGCGUGUUCUGCCGGAUCGCGGGGCAGCAGGAACCGGGCACCGAGCUCCUGCAUUGCGAGAAUGAAGACCUAGUUUGCUUCAAAGAUAUCAAACCAGCAGCAACUCAUCAUUAUCUUGUGGUGCCAAAGAAGCAUAUUGGAAACUGCAGAGAGCUAAAGAAAGAGCACAUAGAACUGGUUGAGAACAUGGUAACUGUUGGAAAAAGCAUUCUUGAAAGGAAUAAUUUCACUGACUUCCAAAAUGCAAGAAUGGGUUUCCAUAUGCCGCCAUUUUGUUCCAUUUCCCACUUGCACCUUCAUGUUCUGGCACCUGUCGAUCAACUUGGCUUCUUAUCAAAAUUGAUUUAUAAAGUGAAUUCCUAUUGGUUUAUCACAGCUGAUUGCUUGAUUGAAAAACUAAGAACAUGAAAAUGUCAACAGUGGAAGAUUUUCCUAAUCUUGGAUCAACAUAAACUAAGAUUUUGGUCCCUUUGAAGUCUAAUUACAAUUUUAAGGUUUGUUGGGUUUUAUGAGAGGCUAUUACUGGUGGUCUUAAAUCUUUUCUGAAUGUCUGUUUUCUUCAGAUCGCAGUACAGUUACGUGGAUACUCUGUCACUGACUUCUUUGUUUUGAUGGUUGGUUACGUGUGUAAGGUAUAAGAUACUAUAGAUAAUAUCCCAUUAAAACAAGUUCUGUUAAUCAGGAAGGCUCUAUUUUAUUUAAAAGUUCAAAUGUUUUCAUUUUUCCAGUAGUCAACUAUAAUCAUGAUUUAUUUUUGAAGAAUAAACUGGUAUAGAAAGUACUUCAUUGGAGCCUUUAUUACUAUGGGGGGGGGAGUAACCAUUUCUUGACAGUUCUAUAAUUUUACACAUGAAAUUUAAAUUGAAGAGUACCGUACUACAUAGUGAGCCCUGUUCUUGUUGAUGGAAAGAAUUGUAUAUGUGUUCCUUUUUACUCUUACUUCAGGUGCUGGUUUUCACUUCUUAAAGCCUAAUGUUUUUGUAAUAAAUUGUUCCUGAAAGCUAUAUAAUAUAUGUAAAGUGAUUUCUAAUGGUGAAUUUCCAAGAACAAUCAACUUGGUUAUCCAAGAGAAGUCACUGUAAUGGAAUUUUGUCUGCAAGAACAUAAAUGGGGAAGAAAUAGAAAGUGGUUAUAAUAAUGUAUUAAAACUAGAUAGAAACUGUUGUUUUAUGGUUUGUUUGUUGUACCAAAGGAAAAGUAGAUUUCAAAAGUGGUUAUGUUUAGCUUUUAUCAUGAAGAAAUCCUGAUUAGAAAGUAGUGAUAGAUAAGCUUCGAUGAGAAAUCUUAUUUUAAUAGCACAGUGUUAGCAUUAUUGAUCUGUCAUUUCAUGAGACAUAUAUCUUUAGGAAUUGUGCUGAGCUACACUAACACCAGUGAAUGUGAAUGACGAGUAGGUGCUGAAAGCUUAUCCUACAUUGUGCCAGCAUAUAAUAAUACCAUGUACAUAAAUAUAAAUGAACACAAGGAUUAAAGUUUUGAUGUUAGAAAUAGGCUCUGAUGAUUUGUUUUCUUUCUUAUUUUUGGCAUGAUACUAAACAUGGUUUUAUGGAAUGAAAUAAUUAUUACAAUGUUUAGUUACCACAUCUGGACUAGUUACCACAUCUGAAAUAAAUAUUCAUUUAUUCAUUUACCAAACAUUUGCUGAACAUUUAACAUUUACCAGACACUGCCAGGAUCAGGAAAUACAGAAGUGAGAAAGGACAGUCUGUCUUUAAAUGCUAAUUUGAAGACAAAACCAGUGAUUGUAGUGUAGGGUGUUAAGUGCUAUAAUGUCCACAGAAGAGACUCUGGGAAGGAAUAUAAUUUUGAGAGCAGGUGUCAGUAGAACUGAGUAUUUAAGACUCAGUGUUAGGCAGGUAUACAGUGGGAAUUUAGGCUGAGAGACCCACAUGUACUUUCCUUGAGUUCUGCUUCUGUUAAUACUUACUUUAUAAUUGAAAUGAAUGUUUACAUUCCAUCUUAUUCAGCGAAUGUGGAAGUAAGGGUUAUGGGUUCUCAAAAUUAGAUUUCCAGGCUCUCCAACACGUCUUUGUUAAGUAGCUCACUGAGCACCUACAUGGAUAAGUAGUUGCAAGUUUGCAGUUAUCAAUUCAAAUAUGACCACCUCCAGAAAAGGAUGCAUGUACAACACGUGAGUUUGCAAUGAUAUAAUUGACAGCAUGAUAUUAAUAACAUGUAAGGUAUUUAAGGAAUUCUGAAAUGUCUUAUGGACUCUUCAAAAAUAUGAUUAGCCAACUGAUUUAACUUCUAUAUGUUUAUAUCCUCGCACAGUUAAGUUUUCCUUCUUUGUUGGAAAACCCUUGAUCUUCACAUUCUUAGAAGCACUUCUCUUUUACUUGUAAAGAUUAAGAAGGUUACUACAAUUAAAAUUCACUGAGCCUUUUCAGUAAAGUGUUUGGUAACUUAGUAGCUAUCCAUGACAUUAGUUCAGCACAAAAUUCAUAACUUGUUUUUAAAAUGUUUAAAGUACUAUCUAGAGCAUUAUUUAUGCAUGUUAUGAUAUUACUUAUUUGUAAUUGGAGAAUUGUAAAAUUAUUAGUGAGCUAUUGUUCUUACUUAACUAAAAGAAAAAUAAAUAUGGAAAAAUACUAUGUCAA